GUACAUCUCAGUUUGGAGCUGAGCGAGGCUUUCCUACUUGGCCGGCGCCGCCUGUGGCGCCGACGCCCAGUGCUGGACUUCCGGAAGAACCGUGGGAGAUCCAAGUGGUGAACUCCAAGACGGGCCGCGCCUACGAGGCCUUGCGGCACGACUCGAUGUGCGCGGAGCUCGUGGCCUUUGAUGCCGAAUGGGUGCCGGAUUUUAAGGGCUCCAACCAUCCCAUCUCAGUUCUUCAGUUCGCGUUCCCGUCCAGCUGUAAGGUCUAUGUGGUCCAGUUGGCUAGAGUUGGCAAUCUGCCCGCAGAGGUUCAGAUGAUGUUAGUGAACCCCAGAGUCAUGAAAGUGGGCUUUGGCGUUGACUUCAAAGAUACUGAAAAACUGGCGACCACGGGUAUCUCCGUGUACCAGGAUUCAAUCUUUGAUGUACAGCACAGCUGUGCACAUCUCUUGGGCUUUGCUCGUCCGGGCUUGCGCCGUGCCGCUCAGGAGCUGCUGGGCUAUGCGCUGAAGAAGGACCGCCGCUGCUGUUUGUCUGACUGGUCAGCCUCGGAACUCUCCAUGGAGCAGGUGGAGUAUGCAGCACUCGAUGCUUGGGUGACGCUGCGCUUGUUUUAUUUGGAUGGCUACUUUUGGUAG